CUUUUUGUUAAGCGUACAUUGUUCAGCGGACAAAGUUUCCGAGCCAUGGAGCAGUUUACGGAGCCCGUCGCGUACCGCGGCAAUGCGCAGGCGCAGGUGCCUUAUGGCAGCCUCGUGAGUGUGCAGGAGGUCAUGAAGGACCUUCCGCGGGAAGUGGUCGAGCACCAUACCAUUGUGAAGCAAAAGCCAGAGAUCAAGACGGUGGAGCGGCAUGUGGAGGUACCUCAGUACCAAGUCUCCGAGCAGGUUCAAGAGGUGCUCACGCGCAUCACUCAGGAAAAGGUCAUUGAGGUGCCGCAGACGCAAGUGGUAGAGAUCACACGCCAUGUGCCCGCCCUGGAGUACCAGGAAGUGGUCAAGGAGGUGCAGUUGCCGAUCUUAGAAGGCCAAGAGGUGAUCCAGGAGGUGCCCACGGUCUUGCACCGGGAGGUGGCCUUCGAGGUUGCGCAGCCGCAGAUUGUGGACUGCGUCAAGCAGGUGGCCCGAGUCACAGAGCAGAAGGUCGCAAAGCAGUUCGCGAGGCCCGUCACGCAGUUCCGUGAGCGUUUGGUGGAGGUGCCCCAUAGCCUGGUGCAUGAAGAGAUCAUGGAGGUGCCGGUGUCGGCGCGCUGCGAACUGGUGAAGCAAGUGGCAAAGGUGGACGUUCAGCAGGUGGAGAGACAGGUGGAAAAGCCCACCCUGCAGUUGAUGGAACGCAUCGAGGAGGUGCCGCAGGUGGAGACGAGGGAGAACAUCAUUGAGGUGCCUCGUGUGGAAGUCCGCGAGGUGGUGCGGCAAGUGCCCAAAGUGGAGGUGCAGUAUGUGGAGAAGAAGGUCCCGAAGCCGGUGAUCGAGUACCGAGAGCGGCUGGUGGAGGUGCCCCAGGUGCUGUACCAGGAGAAGAUCGUAGAGGUGCCGGAGGUGGAGAUCCGCGAAGUGGUGCGCAAGGUUCCGAAGACCAUGGUGCAGUACAUCGACCGGCCAGUGCCUAGGAGAGAGCUCCGGUACUACGAGCGCCUGGAGGAGGUGCCGAUUAUGCUUCAGCACGAGACUCCCGUGGAGGUGCCCCAGAUGAUGCCGGUGGAGCGAAUCCGGGAGGUGCCGAAGGUUCAGUGGCAAGAAUCACGACGGGAGUUUGCCAAGGUACAGCUACAAGCUGAGACCAAGGCUGUGGAGGUGCCGGUGAAGCUGGUGCACGAGCAGGCGGUGGAGGUGCAGCAGGUGAGCAAUGUGGAUGUCAUCACGCAGGUGCUGAAGCCCAAGUUCGAGCCCAGGGACCGGGUGGUGCCCAAGAUCUCCACCCAGGUGCAGGAGAGAGUCGUGCACGUACCGCAGGUGCUGGUGGAAGAGCAGGCCAUUGAGCUUCCUCAGGCCAAUAUUGUGGAAGUGGUCAGGGAGGAACUGGCUCCGGUGUACCAGGAGGUGGUGAAGCAGGUGCCAAAGGUGAGCAUGGACUACAUCGAGCGCGUGGUGGAGGUGGAGACCUCCGCAGUGAAUGAGUCCUCCCCGCGUGGGCAGCUUCAGGGCUACCAUACGACGCAGCAGCGCUACUCCUACGCGCCGCAGCAGAUGUAUGCAGCGCCAGGCGCACCGGGCCAGUUUCCCCAAAGCUGCACCGUGCCGGCACGUCAGGCACCUUGCACCACACAAUGCGCCCACCCGUCGCCCCGAGGUGUUCCGACCACCACCAUGGGCCCAAUCUCAGGUCCGCCUCUUCUCAGCAGCGCAUGGCUAUCUGAGCCAAGCGCACGAAGCUGAGUGUCCAGGAAUGCCAAAGCAAUGACAC